AGCUUUAGCUUUAGCCGCUAGCUUUAGCUAGCUGUUUGCUGUUAGCUGCUAGCUGCCCUCUGCUGCCUUCAACAGAUCGUCAUCCUGUCGUCCUUCGGCUGGCUGGUUGAACAGAGAGCGAUGGCCGAUCCAGAGCUCCUGCUGGACUCCAGCAUUCGGAUGUGGGUGGUGCUUCCCAUCGUCUUCAUCACCUUCUUCGUCGGGAUCAUCCGUCACUACGUCACCCAGCUGCUGCACAGCGACAAGAAGGUCGACCUGGAGCAGGUUUCUGACAGCCAGGUGCUCCUUCGCAGCCGCAUCCUCAGAGAGAAUGGAAAGUACAUUCCCAAACAGUCCUUCGCGAUGAGGAAACAUUACUUCAACGACGCCGAGACCGGAUUCUUCAAGAAGGUCAAGAGGAAGGUCGUCCCCAAGAACCCCAUGACAGACACCAGCAUGUUGACGGACAUGAUGAAGGGAAACCUCACCAACGUCCUGCCCAUGAUUGUGAUCGGUGGAUGGAUCAACUGGGCGUUCUCUGGAUUCGUCAUAACUAAGGUUCCGUUCCCUUUGACUCUGAGGUUUAAGCCGAUGUUACAGAGGGGAAUCGACCUGCUGUCACUGGACGCCUCCUGGGUGAGCUCUGCGUCGUGGUAUUUCCUCAACGUGUUUGGACUGAGGAGCAUGUACAGCCUCAUCCUGGGACAAGACAACGCUGCCGACCAAUCACGCGUCAUGCAGGACCAGAUGACCGGCGCUGCCAUGGCGAUGCCCCCCGACCCCAACAAGGCUUUUAAGAGUGAGUGGGAGGCGCUGGAGAUCGUGGAACACAAGUGGGCGUUGGAGAACGUGGAGGACGAGCUGAUGACCAGAGACCUGAACUUUGGAACCUUCUUCAGUCAGGACAUCAAGUCCACCAUGUUCUAGAAGGAAAAUCCCCACGAGGACCCUUCGAGCUCCGUCUGGGGAAGGUUCUGGAACUCUGUGUUCUGGAACGUUCUAGAACACUGAGGAUUGUGAAGGUUCUGGGACCCAGAAUACACAAACUCUAGAAGUAGAUCACUGGAUUCGCCACCUCGGCACUUUAUUCACUUUCUGCCUUUUUUUUGUUUAUCAGCCUCUAAAAUUCUACGAGUGUAAAAGUUCUGCCUUAAGAUGUUAAGAUGUGUAGAUUAAUAUUUAAAUGACGAUUUAGCGUCUGAAAUUACAGCCUGUUGCUCAUUUAUGAUUGUUGAUAAUAAUUUAGGACAUUUGAUUAAACAUUCUGACCAUUAAAAAUCAAUAACUACGUCUUUAAUGAACUCUAUCUUUUUCUGAAUCUUUAGUCUUCGUUUGCAAAUGAAGUUUUUGGCUCAAUUAUUAAGAGUUUUUAUAUAUUUUAUGUUAUAUUAUGUUUUUGUCGAAUGAGAAGAAGUUUCAUUCAAAUAUUUGCCAUUUUUGUGUAUUCAGGGUUCCAGUAUUCAGAUCCUCUAGUUGUUCUAGAACACCGGUUCUAAUCAGACCUUUAAACCCCCCCUCUGAAGCAGACGAGCUCUAGAACCGUUCCCAGAUGUUCCAGAACACGUCGGGUUCUCUGUAAACCAGCAGAUUCUGAACCAGACGAAUCCUCUCAGGAACAUGUUUCUGUCUCGUGGAAGUCGGAUGUUUUGGGGACGUUUUGUGUUUUUCUUUUUUCACGUCUUCAUCCUGCAGGACGAACUCUUUGCAUGAACUUUUCUACACGGUGGUCGUCCAGCGGAGGCCGUUACCGCGGCGACCUGGAACGAGUGCAACAGUUUAAUAAAAAGGUGCCAAAACCAC